UACCCGGAUGUAGCUUCCCCGACGCCUGGCUUUCCACUUGAGUAACCGCCUGGCUACCUUUUAAAAUUCCAACCCUCGCGCUCUCGCUCUCUCUCAAAACUCAGUGAGAAAAAAUACCUUUUUUGGAUUCAAAAAGGAACCGGAAGUGAGGGCUAUAUGGAACUGUUUGUAAUAUCUCUUUCGUCUCGGUGAGAGUGACUGGAAACAUCAGAAACAUGUUGAAGGCCUAGAGCGGCCGCAAUAAUUGGGAAACCGAAGGAGAACUGGAUCUUCAGCCGUCCGGAGUAACAGCUCCAGGCCGAAUUCGGAGGAGCGGGUUUAAGGGUGUUGAAGAAUGUUUGUUCCGAGAUCUCUUAAAGUCAAGAGGAAUGCUGGCGACGAGGGGACGUGUGUAGCUAAGAAAAAUAAGCCCUUCCCGGCUGAAUCCUCACUUGAAGAGGCUACAGAGUUCCAAGAAACUAAGUCAGAUACAAAAUGCAUGCCAAGUUCAGAGGGGGACUUGUUUAAACCAGUAGAAAAAGACACUGAGCCACAGAUCUCUCGGGAUUCAGCUGUGGCUCUUACUGAAGCAGCCUUGGAAAAUCCAAACAAUGGGGACUGUUCUCUUUCCAAGGAUCCCAUAAAAUCUUUCAGCAAAACACAACGCUGGCCAGAGCCAGGGGAACCUGUGUGUGUGGUCUGUGGUCGUUAUGGGGAAUACAUCUGUGACAAGACUGAUGAAGAUGUGUGUAGCUUGGAGUGCAAGGCCAAACACCUUUUACAUAUAAAAGAAGAAAAAGAGAGCUCAAAAUCUAUUAGUAGUAGCAGUGAAAAAGUAGAAUCUCGGUCUGCUUUUCUUGAUGGUACUUAUGUCUAUGAAGAGAAUGCAUUUCUGCUAAGUCUUCAAGAUGAGCAGAUUGAGAAUUUAAGGCAGCAGCUAGGCAUUGCUGUCCAAGGUCAGGGAGUUGCAAGACCUAUUGUAGAAUUUGAACACUGUGGCUUCCCUGAAAUUUUAAGUACCAAUUUGAAAAAAUCAGGCUAUGAAGUCCCAACUCCUGUCCAGAUGCAGAUGAUCCCAGUUGGACUGCAGGGGAGGGAUAUUGUGGCCACAGCUGACACUGGCUCAGGAAAAACUGCUGCUUUCCUACUUCCUGUUAUAAUUAAAGCCAUGGGAGAGGCAGAAACUCCAUCUGCCCUUAUUUUGACGCCAACAAGAGAGUUAGCCAUACAGAUAGAGAAACAAGCUAAAGAGCUCAUGAUUAGUCUACCCAACAUGAGAACUGUUCUCCUAGUUGGAGGAUUGCCGCUACCACCUCAGCUUCAUCGCCUGAAACAAAAUGUUAAGAUUAUAAUAGCUACACCAGGAAGACUACUAGAGAUUCUAAAGCAAAGCUCUGUUCAGCUCCAUAACAUUAAAAUUGUUGUAGUGGAUGAAGCUGAUACCAUGUUAAAGAUGGGUUUUCAACAGCAGGUGUUAGAUAUUUUAGAAAAUAUCCCCAGAGAUCAUCAAACUCUUCUGGUGUCAGCCACGAUGCCUUUUGGCACUGAGCAGUUGGCAAAUCGGCUUCUGCACAAUCCAGUGAAAAUAACCAUUGGAGAAAAGAACCUGCCAUGUUCCAAUGUUCGCCAGAUUAUCUUGUGGGUAGAGGAACCUUCCAAAAAGAAAAAACUUUUUGAAAUAUUAAAUGAUAAGAAACUUUUCAAGCCUCCUGUGCUAGUAUUUGUAGAAUGUAAACUGGGUGCAGAUCUUCUGAGUGAUGCUGUUCAUAAAAUCACAGGCUUACAAACAAUCUCUAUGCAUGCUGAUAAAUCACAAAUGGAAAGAGCUGCCAUAUUACAGGGAUUAUUUCAAGACAAGUAUGAAGUUGUAGUAAGCACUGGAGUCCUCGGACGUGGACUUGACCUUGUCAACGUUAAGCUGGUGGUAAAUUUUGACAUGCCAUCUAGUAUGGACGAAUAUGUACACCAGGUUGGAAGAGCAGGCCGGCUGGGUCACAGUGGAACUGCAAUUACCUUUGUUAAUAACAACAGCAAGAAACUUUUCUGGGAUGUUGUGAAGCGAGUUAAACCGACUGGCACUAUUCUCCCACCCCAGUUAUUAAAUUCCCCAUAUCUACUCGACCAAAAGAGGAAAGAACAGCAGCAAAGUAACCAGUCUCAGAAUGGUCUUGUAACAAGUGACAAUCUUAUGGACGUUAUCAGAAAACAUAGCAAAAGCACUUCUCAGAAGUAACAAGCUGUACUGUACUUGUCAAUGCAACUGUUUUGUGUAAUUUAUAAGUAGUGCUGAAUUUUUAAGUUUUGGGACGUAAUCCAACUAAAGUUAAGCACUUUGAAGUCCCAUUGAUUUUUAUUACAGAGCUACAGCAAGGCUUAAUCUUUUCCAUUGUAAUUUAAUGGGAUGUCAUUGUGCCCUAAGUCUAAUACACAGUUGUACCCAUCAUUUCUACAAGCUCAGAGCAGCAUUUGUCAUCCAGUGAGCUUUGUUACUGGGAGCUAUUUUAUACUUUUUUUUUUUAUAAAUGUAUCGCCUUUCUCUUGUUAUGGAACCAAAGGUGGCAUACAUGUGGUGAUCAGGCAGUCUCCCAUCCAGUUAUUAACUAGACUCACUUAGCUUUAACAAGGUGGUGGCCUCCUGCAUCUUCAGUCCAUAAUUUGGAUACAGCAUUCCAUAAAUAUGGUUACUGGCCAUUCAGACCUUUUUAGUUAAUCGAAAUGCCCCGUAUAGAGCAGUAGAUUCCAGGGGCAAAGAUGGCUUGUACUUCUGUAAACCUAAACCUUGUCUAACUAAGGAACGGUGGCCAUGUGCCUGACAAGCAGAGCUGCUGUGGUUGUGCAAGAUGCCAAUCAGUUUUGAGUCUAUUUGCUGUGACGGCUUGCCAAAGAGUAUUGGAGGCAUUGAGGAAUGAUUGAGGAGAGGAUGAGAAAGACUCGGGCAAGCUUUAAAAAGUAAUGUUUGGGAGGAUUAGGUCAAAUCUAAAAGGUGAACAAACACAGGCAGCUGGGCAAGUCUGUUUGGAUGAGGACACUUGCUUGGUUACCUUAAUUAGUAGCAGGGGUUCUAGACCACAUUUACUAUAGGUAGGUGGACAGGGGUUAUGUUGGAAUGGUGAUGUCGUCUUCAUUUUUUUGUAUUUAAUAUUUUCCAGUGCAGUUCAUUUGGCACAUACUUUCAGUUCUAAAAAUGUCAAGGUGCUAAUGUGAAAUGGAAGGGACUAGAUACAAAAUCAGAAAGGAAAGGAAAAAUAAUGUUGGCCUGAGGUAACGUACUCCUUUUCUUCUAAUUCAGUUUAGCUAGAUUAGUAGUUUAAAACCAUGGAACACCUACAGCAUUUUGAAAGAGUAAGACAUUUUCGUUUUUUAAAUUAGAAAUGUAAAAGUUGUUGAAGGAGGUGGCUCCUUCUCGAGCAAAUUGUCAAUGCAAGUUAGAACAGAUUGAGGAAUGGUAAGAACCAUGUACUUCAGAGCAAUUAGGAUGCUAUAGCGAGGGGCUGUAGCUCAGUAGUAGAGUGUGUGGUUAGCAUGCGGAAGGUCACAGGUCCAGUUUCUGGUAUCUGCUUUUAAGGCAGGGGUUUCCAACCUUUUUGAGUCGGGGCAAAUUUGGAAAUCUAAGAAACUUGUGGGCAUCACAAAACAGUAAUUCCACAGGAGAAACAAUGGCAAUGCUCAGCAGGCAAAAUUACUUACAUAUCUCAAAACAAACACAGACAAAACACUUCCCAACUAAAAAGAGCAAAAAAAAGGGCAAAAUGCUCAUCAGAUGAACAACCAAGGAGGUAAAGUACUUCCAUGUGGCAUCUAGUGAUCUGCAGGGCAAAUGGAAAUAUGAGGGUCGGGUGGCCAAAUACUUGUAUUUCACUUUCCAGCCAGUCCAGUAGUACCCAUUGUAAAAAAUGUACCUAUUUUUUUAAAUUGGGAGGGGCAGGGGCCUUGGCUGGGUGCUAAGGGGUUGUCUGAGGAUGUAGCACCCACAGGUACUAUGUUAAGAAGCCCAUAUUUAAGGGAUACCAGGACUUGGAGAAACCUUCUCCAAAUCUUGGAAGUUCACUCCCAGGCAGAAUAAUUUUACUUAAUUUGUAUCCCACCUUUCCUCCAGAGGGAGUCCAGCAUGGCUGUACACAAUAUUGGAUUCGGUGGACCAAAUAGCCUGAGCUGCUAUAAAAUGUUGCUUGUUAGACUGCUGCUGAUUCCAACCCUGCACCUCAUUUUAAAUGCAACCUUUAAAAAACUUCUUUUAAAAAAUAAAAUGUUUGUCAUGGGAGUGCUAAAUUCAACUGCCCUGCAGUCAAAUGAUGAACUCUAGUCUGUGAAACCUCAUGCCUAACAGAAUCUGUUAGGACCUGCUUUUUACAAAAUGGAAUUUUUUCAGAUGAGAAAUUAAAGUAGGACACUUUAUUUGGUGUGUUUUCUCUACAUGUUGAGGUUUCUUUUAGCAGAAAAUGUACACUGCUCUAUAUUUUUGCUGAAUAUGAGUCUUAAUGUAAAAGGUCAAAAGUGAAAAAAGUUAUGGAACAAAUCACAAGGUUAAAGAUAAUAAAAAACC